AUGAUGCCACUUAACUAUGAAGAUUGGAGAUAUGUUCCAGAACACUAUAAGGAACAACUUUGGAACCAUAUCCAGUAUAAAUAUGAAAUACCAAUUCAGUGUCAGAAACAUGUACGCCAACAAAUUAGUGGCAUAUGGCGGGCGUUCAAAAAAGAAUUGAAGAAAGAAACAAUUAAGAAAUAUGGGUGUCUUGAAAAUUCUCAACCAGAUGAUAGGGUCCCAGCAGAUCAGUGGCGUGAUCUUGUAGCAAUAUGGACAUCUGCGAAAAAGAAGGCAAUUAGUGAAAAAAACAAAGAUAACAGAAAACUCCAAGUUAUGAAUCAUAGUUCUGGGAGGAUGAGUUAUGCAAGAGUGGGAGAGAAGCUGAGUAAGGAGCAUCCCACUGGGAAAUGGCCAGGCAGGGUAAAAGUAUUUUUAACCACGCAUAAAAAAAAGGGAACUAACCAACCUACAGAUGAGAGAUCUGGAAUUGUUAUGGCCAAAAUGAAGCAAAAGCAGAGUGAGUUGCCUCCAGAGUUGAGAGAUAAUAGUGAUGAAGAGGACAAUAUCUAUAGAGAAGCUUGUGGCGAGGAAGGCCAUGGACGUGUGCGUGGUAUUGGGCUUGGUGUAAGCCCAAAAGACAUGGAGCUUACAAAAACCGAUCUUGCGGUCAAACGCAAACUUAAAGAUGCCAAAGACAUGUUAACCCUUGAGUUUGAAAAAAAGAUGGAAGCACAAUUGGCUGAAAGGGAAAGGAAGUGGCAAGAAGAGAUGAAAGCUCAACAGGAAAGCACACAAGCAGAGAUGAAAGCUCAACAAGAAAGCACACAAGCAAUGAUGGCUAUGCUUAACACUAUGAAAUCCGAAAUGGACCGAUUAACACAAGCCUCAAUUAAAGGAAACUCACAGAGUUCUGCGCAAUUGGGUGAAGAUUAAGGCCAUUGCAUAAGCUUCCCUCAUUUUUUGGUAUAUGAGUAUGUCCCGGAAUAUGAUGAGAUUUGAGUUGAUAUGGGAGGUGGAAAGACUAAGUUAUGUUCUUGAAUCAAGUCCUAAUUAUUGUAUAUCCUUUUUUGGCUCAAAAACAAUUAUAGCUAAAGC